AUGGAUAUCAUUCUGGAAUUAUGGGAUACCUUCGUUGGUGAUCGAAUGUAUUCCACUCUUCUCCCCAACUCAAUUGCCUCGUCUGUCUCCCUCCAGGGCCUCGUCAAUACGGCCAACAGCUCCUUGUCCUUGUUCGGUGCAGCCGAACCUUUUAUCUACGAGCCAGCCACUCAGCUACUUCAUCUCGAACCCUCCAAAUAUGCCUACCUUAGUGCCUGGCCGCGGAAUAACAUUUACCGCCAAUUCACCAGUUUCUUCUUGAUCACUUGGAUCUUCGGUCUCCUUGUCUACUUCGUGGUUGCGACUCUCUCAUAUAUUUUCAUUUGGGACAAAACCACCUACAAUCAUCCCAAGUUCUUGCGAAACCAGAUUUCCAUGGAAAUGAAGCAGGCCAUGAGUGCCAUGCCCCCAAUGGCCCUUUUGACUGCGCCUUUCUUCGUCCUGGAAGUACGAGGCUACGCCAAGCUCUACGACACCGUCGCCGAGGAGCCGUUCCCGUACUACAGCUUCCUGCAAAUCCCGCUCUUUAUCUUUUUCACCGAUUUCUUCAUCUAUUGGAUCCACCGUGGCCUGCACCACCCGCGUGUCUACAAAGUCCUUCACAAGCCGCACCACAAAUGGAUCAUGCCGAGUCCUUUCGCCUCCCACGCUUUCCACCCCUUGGACGGCUGGUCUCAAAGUGUUCCUUAUCACGUGUUCCCCUUCAUCUUCCCUCUGCAAAAACUGGCUUAUGUCUUCCUUUUCGCCUUCAUCAAUCUAUGGACUGUCUUCAUCCAUGAUGGUGAGUACGUCGCCAACAGCCCGAUCGUCAACGGAGCCGCUUGCCAUACCAUGCAUCACUUGUACUUCAACUACAACUACGGGCAGUUCACUACACUGUGGGACCGUCUGGGUGGUAGCUACCGCAAGCCCAACGAGGAACUCUUCCGACGCGAAACCAAGAUGGGUGAUCAGGAAUGGAAACGCCAGGCCAAGGAGAUGGAAGCCAUCUUGAAGACUGUGGAAGGUGAAGAUGAUCGCAGCUACUCUGCUGAACAGAAGAAAACCCUUUGA